AUGGGAGAGUUAGCUCAUCAUCGUCCUCAGGAAAUGAAACUCCACAUCGUGGGGGAUGCAGAAAACAAAGGAGAGAAUUCAUCCCACCCCACAAGCAUCAUUACCAACAAUCAGGCAACAAUAACCCCUAGAUCCCAGAACUUCUGGUGGUGGAUUAGAGUGGCUCUCUGCUCAUUCUUUGUGCUUUCUGGCCAAUCGGUGGGCACACUCCUUGGGAGGCUCUACUAUAACAAAGGAGGCAACAGCAAGUGGCUUGCCACACUUGUCCCGCUAGUUGGCUUCCCAAUCCUCCUCCUGCUCUACGUCAUCCCCACAUCUAAAAACCCCAGUAGCCCCCACAUCGAAGCACACCCGCUCCCACAAGCUCAAUCUCAAUCCCAAUCAUUCUUUCUCAAGAGACUUGCUUUUGUGUACCUCCCUAUAGGCAUAAUUUUGGCCCUAGAUUACUAUUUAUACUCACUUGGCCUCUUGUACCUCCCUGUCUCAACCUACUCCCUCAUUUGCUCUUCCCAAUUGGCCUUCAAUGCCCUCUUCUCUUCCUUCCUAAAUGCCCAAAAGUUCACCCCCUGCAUCACCAACUCCCUAGUCCUCCUCACAAUCUCCUCAACCCUCCUUGUGUUCCAAUCAAAUUCGCAAAACCUCAAGAGGGUCUCCAAAGCAAAAUAUGCUUUGGGGUUUGUGUGCACCAUCGGGGCAUCAGCUGGUUCUGGUCUUUUACUGUCCUUGACCCAACUUUGUUUUCGGAGGAUCAUCAAGAAGGAGACAUUUAGGGCAGUUUUGGACAUGCUUGUGUGCCAAUCUUUAGUGGCUAGUGCGAUUAUAGUGGUGGGGUUGUUUGGGAGUGGUGAGUGGGAGCAUUUAGGGAGAGAGAUGGAUGGGUAUGAGCUUGGGAAGGUGAGCUAUGUGAUGAACUUGGUCGGGAUAGCAAUUGCUUGGCAAGCGUUCAGGAUCGGCAUGAUGGGUUUGAUUUUAGACAUGUCAUCUUUGUUCUCGAACUCUAUUAGUGCAGUGGGGUUGCCAAUUGUGCCCAUUCUUGCAGCCGUGUUCUUUGGGGAGAGGAUGGAUGGGGUCAAGGUGAUGGCUAUGAUCUUGGCUAUUUGGGGUUUCGUUUCUUAUGUGUACCAACAUUAUUUGGACGAUGCCAAGUUGAAGUCCCAAAGGAAUAGUGUUGGUGGGGAUGAGGUUAGUGGGAGAUUGCCCCUAAAUGCUCCGAUUGCAAGCGUUGGCGGAUGA